UAUCUAUCUAUCUAUCUGUGUCUGCGUACCGUCCUGUCUCUCUCCCUUCCUUCCUCUCAUUACCUGUUUGUGCAUCUUAAUAAUGUCUACCCACAUCAGUCAAACUCUCAUGAUUAUCUGAUUGUACACUCUUAGGAAUUCACAAAUAUCCGAUGCAAUCAAAGUAAAAAUCUAAAGUGUAGCCUACGCCUAACCAAUUUAUCUGUCGCGGCAGUGACUCAGUUUCUCUUAGUUCUAAGUUCCCUUUACUUCCCCUGCCGUGGUGAGCAGCAGUUCUGUGCAAAUACCAUAGGAGCCGUAAGAAUGGUAUUGCCUUAAAUACCAUAAGAACCGUAAGAAUAGUAUUGCCUAAAAUACAAUAAGAACCGUAAGAAUUGUAUUGCCUGAAUUGCCGCUGUUGUCUUGCCCAUAGACGGGUUUGAAUGCACGCCCGAAAAGUGAAGGCAACACAUUUGUGAAUUGUUGAGAAACACACCAUCCAUUAAUUUAGCAGAAUACACUGCAUGUGCUCUCUGGGUAUUUAGCUUGUGACUUUGGUGUUUGCUAUUUAGUAACAGGAACACAAAGAGCACACAUUUUAUACACUGUGAGGUGUAUGUAUAAUAAGUGGGAAACAUUGCUGCCUAUGAGAUAUCAGAUUGUCUUUCUCCAUUAGAUAAUUCGUCUAGCAGUCGCAAUUCCAAAAAUCAAUUUUUAACCUGAGGUAAAAGUACUAGGGAACCUCGCCUAUACUAAAUACAUUAAACAUUCUGCGCACGUUUUGCUUUUUCGUAGCCGAAUUAUAGUUUGAUACCAGAAGAAAGAAAGAAAACAGAGCAAAAAUAAUUGUCUCCCUCCAUUACCACAUUGUUCAAAAGCGUAGUUUUUAGAGUAAGUAUUGUGUCGAUUCAUGGAGAUAAUACGCCGUGUCUGUGAUGGAUGUCACUUUUUGUCCGUGUUCCAGAAAAAUUGUAACUGUGGCAAUAGCAUCUGUCCAGGAAGACCUUUUUAUCUGUCAGUGACAUGCUCUGGCGAUGACCAAUCGCGUGUGCCGUGUGUCUACCCCGUACUAUUGGCGCAUGAGCCAACGACAACUCAGUACUUUAAAGCAAAACUGUGGGCCAGCAGACGCUACACACAUGAGACCAAUGCUAAUCUUUGACUAUGGAUCAACUGAACAAGAUAGUGGCUCCCGCUAAUGAAAAACUACGACAACUGCAGAAGAUGGUGCAGGACAUCAAAAAGAAUGAUGACAGUAUCUUCAACAGACUGAAAAGGUUUCAGAAUGAACAAGCAGCGGUCAUUCGCAAAACUGGAAGAAGUACACUGGACCGGAUGACAAACAAGGCACCCCCACGGUUACCCAACCGAGACUACCGAGGAGACAAUGGAGAUGGGGAUACCUGUUCCGAUAUUGACAGUGACACAUAUGAGGACCCCCAGGGGGAGAAUGAUGACAGCUACGAGCCCCCGCCAUGUGAGAGACUCUUCACCCCCACUUCCUCCAUGUCCAUGCAGAGAGAGGAGUAUGCAGACAGGUGUUCCAGGCGACUGAGCCCAGCCCCACGCACUGCUCUCAAGCCGCCACGGCCCAGGGCCCCCAUCCCCCCCUCCAGGGCCCGAUCAGAGGAGGAGGAUGAGGAUUACGUCAAGCCAGAGGUUGAGUCCGAUGACGACUACGUAGAGCCCUCAGAAAAUACUGAAUGCACUGCAGUGAGCCGAGCAAGCGAGCCAAUGAGGUCCAGUUGUGUGGCAAACUCAGGCACAUUUACAGAUGUAUAUGAGGUUCCCGAUAUCGAUGAUCAUUUCCUUUCAUCAAGGCGUCCUUCUCAACUUCAGCUUCCCCCUCAGAGGACUCCCCCUAUCCCCAGCCCACGACUGCAUACUAGAACCCCAGCGCCUCCGCCCAAGCCAGAACCAGAUGAUAGUGAUGAAGAAUAUGAAAUCUGUGAUGGAGUUGAAAACGUCAGUGUGAAGUCAGAGGAGAAACCUGCUCCUACCCCGCCCUUGCCUCUACCAAGGGAAACGAGGAGAAAUGUGCCGGAAAGACCAAAACGAAGCAUUCCAGCCAGAGAGCAUGAAGCCACAUCCUACAGAAGGCCGGGUCAACCAGAGCAGCGCUCGCUGUCCCCACGGCGACCGCGUCCACCAGAGCCGCGGUCGCUGUCCCCACGGCGGCCCGGUCCACCAGAGCCGCGGCCGCUUUCCCCACGCCGGUCGGGUCCACCAGAGCCGCGGCCGCUGUCCCCACGCCGGGGCUUCCACAGAGCCAGGUUUUCUUUAUCUCAGGCCGUAGCAGAGAAUGGACACAGAGAAUCGGAGGAGAAAGCUGGUGUUUAUAAGAAACCCUGGUAUACCAGCACAUGUGACCGCAAGAUGGCUGAAGAAGCUUUGUUACGUUCAAACAGGGAUGGGGCAUACUUGGUGAGAAAGAGCUCAGGGCAAGAUGCCAAGCAGCCUUUCACCCUAGUGGUGCUCUACAACGGCCGUGUCUACAACAUCCCCAUCCGCUCCAUGCCCUCCUCACAGCGCUGGGCACUGGGCAGAGAGAAGUCGGGAGAGGAGCAUUUCAGCUCCGUCUCACAUAUCAUCAAAAACCACCAGCGCAACCCUCUGGUUUUGAUUGACAGCCAGAACAACACCAAAGACUCCACCAAGCUGCUGCACCCCACCCAGGUCUGAGAGGUCCGGGCUGAAGCCCCAGCAGAGACCAGAAGCAGCCAGGCUCCUGAUGGGUCUAACGGCUUACCUGAGGAAGCCAACACGUGCAGAUUAACUGUGUUGUACAGAAACAGUCCAGAAUAUUGCUCAAUAUUGCACAGACCAUGACUUGGAUGCAUGGUUAUUUGUAUUGGAUGUAUUGAUAUAUCAAAGAUGUAUAGGAAUACCAGUGCUGACCUGGUUAUGCAGUGUAUACAGAUUUGAGUGGACUGUUGGUACUGUUUUUAUGUUUAUGUUUAUGCUGGGCAGGGACAUUUUUCAAUUUAUAAAUUCUAACAUCAUUACUUUGAUCAUGCCUUAAGGAAGUUCUGGCUCCACACUACAUCAAUAUGUAUGACAGUAUAACUGAAAGAGCUACAUAACAACAUAUGACAGUAUAACUGAAAGAGCCAAAUAACAACAUAUGACAGUAUAACUGAAGAGCCAAAUAACAAUGGAUGACAGUAUAACUGAAAAGCCAACACGCUGUAAGAUUUACAAAAUUUAUUACAGCACUUUAAUGCCCAGAAACAGCAUGACAUAAGAGGAUGGUACAAAGAAGAAUCACUGAGUUCAGUCUAUUUCAGGCACUUCAAAAAGACCUCUUAGAUCCCCUCAACAGUGGACAGCUGUUGACCAAAUCAUACAGCGUUAUGGACAGAAGAGUGUCAAGAGCGUUCCUCAGUGCAAAAGGUUCUUCAGUGCAUGGACUGUCAUUUUCUGUUGUACAGAUAAUAAUAUAAAGCUUCUGCUGCUACAUGGCUCACUUGUCAACAUAAUAGAUCUUUGAAUCUAAAUUUCACAUCUGAAUAAGGUCAUGCAUGGCAAGACUUUCAGCCUAUUCAAAAGUGCUGCAAUUAUCAGAGUGCAAAAAUAAAUACGUCGUCUUCAAGUCAAAGAGGGAAGAGCUAUGGAUUAAUCACAUCCAGCUACUUGGAAGGUGUUCCCUGAAGAUAUUUCACCUAUUGCAUUAUCAAUGUGAUCUAAACAUAGACUUUGGUCAUAGAACAACAUUUAGUUAUCUGCUGGAGGUGACAAAAAACAUUCCAGGUUUCUUUAUGCUUAAGCACAACAAUCUCCUCAAGAUCAUCAUCUCCAGAGCAUUUGUAGUUAGUAGUUUCAUUUUGUGAUUUUUUUUUUUUUUGCAUCAUAAAUUAAAUGCUAAUAUUUA